AUGGCGAUGCCGUCGUCGCGGCCUUUGCUGCUCAUCAUGGCAGCUCUGCUGAUCUUGUGCUCGAGAAUGCUGCUGCUCCUACUCCCUCUUGUCCUUCAGACGCUCCUGAUAUAUACAUUGUUAGCACCAAUAGCCAUCUUGGUGUUGGGACUCCUUCUUUUCUUCGGGAUACAGAUACACUACACCUUCAAAACUGAGGGGAUGAUAUCGACUGGAUGGCUUAUUGUAACAAGCCUGAUAAUCUUUCCGGAGAAUGAGAGCCCCGUCAUCGUGAAAGAAGGCGAAGUUGCUGUACUGAAGGGGGUUGUCAGCCACAGGCGGAAAGAGCAAGCGAUAAACAACUUUGAUUACCAUGUCAACUUCUAUAUCAUUCCUCUGGAUAGCUGCACUCAGUUCCAAGGAGACCAUCUGUCUGCAGAUCAAGCUAGGGAGAUGGCCAUGACAGAUGGCCCACCCUGGGGUGAAAGAGUCACUUUUCUCUUCGAUCCGAAGGGAGACAAUGUGCCCAAGACUCUUCACGUCAGUCCCUUCCUUGACAUGAACCGAGCAUGGCGUUUGGAGGGUUCCCUCCCUGCCACAUUGAUCCCUGGCACAGCCAAAAAAGACGCUCUGCACAGGACACAAUUUCGAAUGAUGCCAACAAUCGAUUUGAGCGUCACUUGCCUGCCCAACUGUGAAAACGGAUCUCCAUUCUAUGCCUUCUUGCGGGUGAAACCGGUCAAGGCAGCGAAAGGAAUAAGUCUGUGGUCCAGCCCGCGCGCAUACUUCAUGCCUCAGAGGAUCGCAUUGAGAAUCUAUUGGCAGGCUUUCAAACUUCUUAUCAAGGGGGUCAGAUACUGUCCUCAUCCACGUGAAGUCGACGUGGCUGCGUACGAAACGCUCGUGAAUCGACCAGGACCGAUAGUAAUUGAAGGAUCUUCACUUCCAAGUCGCAAAUAUAUCUUCCGAGAGUUCGAGGCCGAUGGCUCAAAGGUUGAGCGGGUGACAAGCUCAGUGAUCAGUGGUGACAUGGAUAGCUUCACAAAGGAGAGCCUGCAGGAGAAGCCAAUGAUCUCUAUGCUGCAAUACUUUGAUGGAAAAUCUUGGCAGCAGGGACACUGA